CUAAAGAGUCGAUUGUAUAGAAAAAAGUAUUGGAUUUGAGGGCAGAGUUUGCGCACAAAAGGCAUUGAAAUUGAAUAUCAGUUUUGUAUUCAUUACUCAAUUUGUUGUUUAUUUGCGUUUUUGGUGGCAUUUGUUUCAAUCAAUUGUCGUACCAUUGGAUCCAUUAAUGGCCUCGUCUUCGCCGCCAGAGAAACUCAAUUUAGGCGAUGAUAUCAAGAAAGCCGUCGAAUUGCUGACCAAACUCCAGAAGACUGAGUACAACGCCUGGAUUCAGAGCGAUGUCUCCGUACAGAAGUUGUCUUCACUCCAGAAAGUACUCGAGAGUGAGUUCUUUAACGCCAUUCGCGAAGUCUAUGAACGCGUCUACGAGACGGUCGACAUCGCCGGCAGUCCCGACAUCAGGGCCUCGGCCACAGCCAAAGCCACGGUCGCCGUGUUCGCCGCAUCCGAAGGCCAUUCACACCCGCGGGUCAUAGAACUGCCCAAAACUGAUGAGGGCUUGGGAUUCAAUGUGAUGGGAGGACGCGAACAGAACUCUCCGAUCUAUAUCUCGCGGAUCAUCCCCGACGGAGUGGCCGACAGACAGGGAGGCCUUCGCAGAGGCGAUCAACUCAUAUCAGUGAACGGCGUGAACGUCGAGGGAGAGAAUCACGAGAAAGCGGUCGAACUGCUGAAGGCGGCCGUCGGCAAAGUGGUUCUUGUGGUCAGAUAUACGCCUAAAGUGUUGGAAGAGAUGGAAAUGCGUUUCGAUAAACAAAGACAAAUGAGACGAAAACCAAAUCCGUGAAUAUCUCGUCUCAUGGAUCACACGUUUCUUACAAAAUAUUUAAUAAUAAUUUCGUUUUAAUAUUUUAAUUAAUGACUAAUUUUUGUAACAAUUUGUGGUGUUUUUUAUAUCAAUGAAUUUGUCGCCAAUUCGAGGGAUUAUUAUACGCCAGAAAUAGCGGGCAGUGAAGUAAUAGCGAUAAACUCUGACCUAUUUUUAUGUCCAAUUUUUAUUAGACAAAAACAGACAAUUUAUUCAACGAUUAGCACUUUUUUCAAUUCAAGUCAAUGUGUUUUAAUAAUUACUGUCGACUUUGUGUGCGAUUCCGAUCCACGUCUGAAGCCAUGCUAUCAUCUCUUCUUUACUCAACUCUAUUGGAUUCAAACCUCUCAUAAAACAGGCCUUUAGUUCCC